UUUAACACAGAAAGUACACAUACUGUGUGCGGACGUUGCGGAACAACUGCUAUUGAAGGUUGAGCGCCGAGUUUGUUGUUCUUUUCUUUGGGAAAAACAAUCUCCAACCCAAGAAUGGCAACGAUUGGUCGAGGAAGAGGACGAGGAAGAGGCGGUGUUUUAAAAGCAUUGCAAGAUGAAAAGCCAGGACAAAAUGCAUCAGCUUCUCCAGUCUCUGGUGCACAUAGUCAAGCCUCAGGUGCAGGUAGCCCAGUAGCAGUAGCAACUACUAAACUAGAAGCUACAGCGAUUGGCCAGCAUGAAGACGCUACUGCAAAGCUAGAUGUUAUUAUUACGAGCAUGGAAUCAAUGACUGAAUCAGAAAUGUUAAGUAAAAUUCCUUCUGAGAUACAGAAAAUUAAAAGUGCUGACAAUAUGAAAGAAUUUGUAAAUUUACUCUGCAAAAAAUCUUUGAAGGAACCAGACUUUGCUGUGUCAGCCGCAAGACUCUGCAACGAACUGUGGAAUGACAACGAACUGAAGUCCCUAGUAAAAGCACCGCUACUUGCAGCAGUUCAGAAUAAUUAUAAGAAAAGGGACAAAUUUAAGAAAAAGAAAACAGAGAAAUUUUUUGGUUUGUGCGUAUUAUUAUGCGAACUGUAUAAGGUCUUGAGAAUUAAAGAUAGACCACUAUGCCCAUUAACUUCUCCGGUAUGUCAAAUGUUAAAGGAAUUGAUUGAACAGCCUACGCAAAUUUCCAGCGAAGAUGUUUUUUAUUUCUACCAAGAAUUGGAAAGUGUUGGUCAAAUCAUUCAGAAUGAGGACCAGAACAAAAUGGAUGACAUAAUCAACACCGCUCGACAAAUAGCUAUUUCUUCUCAAAAUUUAUCACCCGCAGUUCGAUGUAGGUUGAUACAAUUGAUUGAAUUGCAUGCAGCAAACUGGAAAAUGUCUGACGAACUCAUAGUCAUGUAUGAAGAUCUACAACAAGACCUCCUCUGUCAAGAAUCGUAAGUGGUGGGAAUAUUACUUUGCCAUAAGAAGAGAAUACCAAGCAGAUACCUUGGACGACACCACUUUUAAGUUCUGAAUAAUGGGGGAGGGGUUGUUUUUUUAAUAU